UCUGUUUUCUCCAUCAAGCAAUUCUCCCCUCUUUUUCUGUUCUUCCAUUCCACCAUCUGCUUUUUCCUGGGUGGUGCUUAGCAUUUCUCUAACUAUUCUGCAUACUUCUAGCUUCAGGUCAUUGAUAACUUCAUUCCUGAAUUGGUCUAUGAGGCUCUCUAUAUGGCGCUGAAUGUAUAUUGGUGCGGUGUCCACUAUUGCCUGAUUCUCAGGAUUGGGGGCCGAGGAGCCUUUUUUGUUGCUUCCCUUCCCCAUAUUUUCUGUUCCUUAUAAAAUGCAAUCUUACAAAGGAGGCCUGGCUUCCCUGCCUGUCAGCCACAGCCUGAUCAAAUUGCGCUGGCUAGUUGUUCCCGCCCACCGCUGCGCCCCAGGGAGUUGCGGAGGAGGCAGCCUACGCGGGAGUCGGUCGCUCCUCCGGGCCACCGUCAGGCUCUGGGAUCUGGAUUAGGCCAGCCUAGGGAGUCCGCCAGCAGCGUCACCCAGGCCAGGCACUUUUCACCAAUCCCGUCCGAGAGGGGAAUGUGUGGCUGGAGUUGCCACCACACCCUGCUCUUACAGGACUGUCUGAGCCCAGAAAAACCUCCGCUGGAGUCAAACAAACUGGAGUGGUAGGGGGUAGUUUCUCUCUCACCUCGCCACCAGUCAGUUUUCGUGUACGCCUCCUUGUCCGUCCUGUUUCCGACUCCGUUUGCAGACUCCCGUUCCCAGAGCUCGGCACGUCUCUCCUUGCCGAGCCGCUGUGGAGGCAGCCAGCCGCCGGGCGGUGGGAAACCCAAAUCGCGGUUUCCAAUGGCGCGGGGUCGAGCCUCCACACCGAGACUUUUCUGUUCCUAUUUUAGCGCCAGGACUGUAUUCUAAGUUGGAUUCUCUCAGCCCAGUUCGUUCCUGAGUCAGCAGAGCAUAUCUCUACUGGUUCGUGUCUCCUUAGUCCGCAUCAUUCCUGGCCUCUGAGCCGAGCGUUUCAGAGAGCCUUCAGUAGUUGCUGUUGUCUGUCUGCCAUGUUCUCCCCCCUCCCGGUGACAGUGUUAAUGAGACUAAAAGCAUCAUAGUCACCUGUGAUACUAGAAUGUAGAUUCUUGGAUCCACAGGAUCAGGAUUUUUAGAAAAUUUCUCUGGAUCCUAACCAAAUUGCCAGGUUUCUGAAAAUGGCUGCAGAAAGACUUAGGUUGCAGAAGUAAGUGUGCCAAAAGCAGCUAUCUGAAGAGUUUGCACCUCUUCUGAUAGGUAACCUGAAAUUCAGAGUUACUUAGUGACAUAGUCUCUUACCCAUGUUUUCUGCUAAUUCUUAUGACCCUAAGCCCUAAGACAGAGCCAGGAGAACAGCUACUGUAGCUUAAUUAUGUUUUUGUCUGCCUUGGCCAUAAUAAAUGUCAAAGGAAUGAAUACAUGAGUUAAUUUAUCAUGCUACAUUUAGGUUUCCAUGGCCUCUUCUCCUCCUUUACUUGCUCAUUCCCUUAGACUGUCACCUGUCAAUCUUACUUUAACAAACACUCAUACCCCCCUUGUAUUCCUGGGGUUCUUGGGUGUUGGUCCAAUCACAGUGUUCAUUUGUGUAUUCAACAUGUAUUUAUUGCCUGCCAUGGUGGUGCACGCCUGUAAUCUUAGGACUUGGGAGACUGAAACAGGAGGAUCGCUGUGCCUUGGAGGCUAGCCUCAACUAAAUAGCAAGACCCUGUCUCAAACAAAACAAAAUAAAACACCAUGUAUUAAGUGGCCACAAUGCCAGCUAGCAAAAGUAUACAUGGCAGUAUGCUUAAAGUGUUGUCUCACUUCCUUCCUAGGAGAAGUGGGCGUCUUUUAGUUAAGUGAUGUGUAGGCAGCUGUGGGAAAUAAAAGGUGAGAAAAGGACCCAAGAGGUCCCUGGUGAUUCUGGGAGCCUGUUAUGGUUGACACAUUGUGUCAUCUUGAGAAGUUUAGAAGUUUAACUGACUGACUCAGCAGGGAGCAGGGUUCUUACUUUGUAAAUAUUCUCAUCCUGUGCAAAGAAGGGCAAGGAGACCUGCCCUAACCUGGGGGAGGUGGCCAGUGUACAACAUAAGGUAGAAGAGGCUUGUUUUCUCCCCUUUUGCUCUAGCUGCUGCCUUAAAGUGUUGCCCCAGUGCCAUAUGCCACCCUGUCUUGGAGCCAGCUAAUUAUGAACUGAAACCUCCACAACAGUGAGCUAAAUAAAGCUUUCCUUCCUUCAUUUUGGGUGUUAGGUAUUUUAUCCCAGCAAUAAGAAAAAGUAACCAAAGCAGACGCAGCUUUGGGAGGAAUUUUGAAAGUAUUGAGGAUGAACAUAGUAAAGAAUUAGGUGGUGAGGGCUGGGAAUGUGUUUAAUACCCUCAAAACUAAUGAGAGGAAGUCCAAGGAAGGUUUUUGUUUUUGUUUUUCAAACCUACCCAUGUAAGGUUAGGUGGAUUAUCAGGAAAGUGUUUGGUCUUAAGCACACUGAAUCAGUGUCCCUAGAGAUAUUCCAAUGUACCCAUGAGCUUUGGAACUCACCAGUAAAUAGGUGAGUACUAAUUAAUGUCUUGGGAGUAGAUGAGCCCAUUCAAGAGAGAAAAAUGACAAAAGCAAAGGAUUGAAAUUAUGAGCUUUAGAGACACAAACAUUGGGAAACAGGAGGGCAAAGAAGACCCUAAAAUAUAGAUAAGGAAUGAAGGAGCUCUCAGAUGGGGAGGAGAAAAAUCCUCAGAAAAUGCAGUCACAGAUAUGUAGAAGGAAGAGUGGAUUUCUGAAAUCUUGGUUACUGUAUGCUGUCAACACAGUGCUAUAGAACCACUGUUCAUCCUGUUAUUCUCUUUGUAAAGUUCUUCAGUGGUUCCUCAUUGCUUGGAGGAUAAAAAUCCAGCUUUCUUUUUUAUUCGGCCCAGGUCUACCAUUUAGUUCCUCAUUCUCCACUUCUAGGAGACAUAGAGCUGUCCUCUCUCCUGUGCUCCAGUGCUGGAACAGUCAUUUCCUUUUGAAACAUUGUCAUCAUUUGCCUUUAAUUCUCCUUCUGCACAUUCUGUUCCUUCUGCAAGGCAUGACUACAUUCUCUCUCCUAUGAUAAGAUACUGGAUCUCAAAGGUGUAAUUCAAGCGAAACUUCCUGGCAGAGUAUGUUUCUGGACUCCUGGAGACUGGGUGGGGAUUCCUUACGUUUCCUCAGUGUCCUCUGUCAUCUCUGUCAUGGCAGUCAUCAUAUUAAAGAGCUUCACAAGAAAGAGAGGAGAAAAAAGAAGGUAGGGAAGGAUGAAGGAAAGAGACAGGCAGUUAAAAAGGAAACAGAGAGAGGGGUCCAUUUUGAUUUUUAUUUAUUUGUGUGUGUAUGUGGUACUGAGGAUCAAACUCACAACCUUGUGCUUACCAGGCAGGCGCUUACACCACUGAGCUAAAUCCCCGGCCCAAGAAAGAAGAAAGAAGGAAGAAAGAAAAGAAAGGAAAAGAAGAAAAAAACAGGAAGGACUGUUUCCUAUGAGAUCCUUACAGGGGUGGUGAUAAUGGACUGGAUGGGUUAGGAGGACCAGGUGUACAACUAGGAAGUCCUGAUAAGAAAAAACGAAAGGCAAAUACACAGGCUCUUGCUAAGUUAUCCAGUUGGGUUUGAAGUUGCAAUCCUCUUGCCUCAGCCUCCUAGAAUGCUGGAUUACAGGUCAACUUUCCCCCGUUUCUGUUUGAGGUGUUUCUCUAUGCCCCCAUAGAUGAUGGGAACAGCAAAGCCAAGAUUGGAAAUGAUGCCGUUAUCUUCACCCUGUAUAAGAAAGAAGCAGUCAUGUGGGAGACCCUUUGUAUGUCAGGUGUUGACAAAGAGAUGAUGCAAACAAUCAGAGAAAAAUCUAUUGUACAAGCACAAGCAAGGGCAAAGGAGGCUAUGGAAGCAAAAGCUACAGCAAGACGAGAAGAUCAAAAAUAUGCAUUAAAUGUCAUGAUGAAGAUUGAAGAAGAAGAGAGGAAAAAAAUAGAGGAGAUGAAGGAAAAUGAGCGGAGAAAAGCAACUAAAGAACUGGAAGCCUGGAAAGAAUGUCAGAGAAACACUGGAGGACAAGAGGGAGCUCGGAGAGAACAGAAAGCAAGUCGACGAGAAGAGCCAUUUCAAGAAAGAAGAAAAUUAAAACCUCAGAGUCUCACUGGAAGUUCGACAUCUAGACACAGUGCCGCAAAAGGAAGACACCUGGAAAGCAUCUUUCCUGAGGAGCUGGCCGAGGAAGACUGUGUCCCUGCGCCCCGCUCAGCCGGCAGCAUUGCGGUCAGCUUCACUCCGCGCGUGUUCCCGACAGCCCUGCGUGAGUCCCAGGCAGCCCAGGAGGAGGAGUGGCUGUACAAGCAGGCCCAGGCACGAAGGGCCAUGAACACUGAUGCUCCUGAAUUCGGUGAUUUAAAGGAAGAAGAGAAGAACCCAGAGUGGCUGAAGGAGAAAGGAAACAAAUUGUUUGCCACAGAAAACUACCUGGCUGCGAUUAAUGCAUACAAUUUAGCCAUCAGACUGAAUAGCAAGAUGCCUGUCCUGUAUCUGAAUCGUGCUGCCUGCCACCUGAAACUGAAAAACUUGCACAAGGCCAUCGAGGAUUCUUCGACGGCUUUGGAGCUGCUGACCCCGCCUGUCGCGGACAAUGCGGAUGCAAGAAUGAAAGCACAUGUUCGACGGGGAGCCGCAUUCUGCCAGCUGGAACUGUAUGUCGAGGGCCUUCAGGAUUACGAAGCUGCACUUAGAAUUGACCCAGCCAAUACAACUGUGCAAAAUGAUGCUGAGAAGAUUCGAAAUGUCAUUCAAGGAACAGAACUCAAAUCACAGUGACUACUGGGAGCAGCUAGUUGAGUACCAGGUAUUUACACCAGGUUUUUAGUUUUCAGAAAUAGGAGCUGGGUGUGGUGGCAGCUCCUAUCACUUGGGAGGCUGAAGCAGGAAGAUCUAGAGUUCAGACCAACCCGAGAUAUAUGAGAUUGUGUUUCAACAAAACAAACUGGAGCUGUUGGGAAUCUCUGUACACAUUACAGAUGAUUGUAUGGAA